AUGGCCACCUUCCAUGCAUUCGGCCGGCUCCCGUUUGAGCUACGCACUCGAAUCUGGGAGGAGGCAGUCACGCCGCGUUUCGUUCAAGUCGGAUACUUGAGAGGCACAGGGAAGAAUGGUCGUUCCGGCGUGAUACUGCACGUGCUCUCGCCGACGCCGGCGCCUGCCGUGCUGCACGCCUGCCACGAGGCGCGCAACCUGGGGCUCUAUGAGCGGGCGUUUGUCGAUGGAGAGGAUCCGCGAUAUGUCUGGGUUAAUUUCGACGUCGACAUUGUUUCAAUCGGCCAUGGCGACUUUCACGGUUUCGAGCCUUGA